AUGAGAACAAAAAACGACCUGCGUUUCCUCGCCGUCGGCGUUUUCCUCCGAUUCUUUCUCGCCUUUGCGUUCCCAAAUAUCCUCCUCGCGAAUCUUUCCAACAGUCGGUUCGAAUUCUCGACCGCGUUCGACGCGUUCAAUCACGCGAAAGAAUUCGCGCAUUUACAAAACACUCACGAAAAACGCAUCACGUCGUCGUCGAGAGUGUCACCGUUCGUGGGUGCAAUAUUCGCGCCAUUUUGCGGCGCUGGAUCGAAGAGUGAUGACGGUGUACUCUGGUCUGUGGUUCCGUUCGUGUGUGUUGAUGUCCUCACGGCGAUUGUUUUGAGUCAGAUAUACGAGCGCGGUUGCGCGAAGAGAAAGAACGAGAAAACAGUCGAAGAUGAUGAUGAAAAUAAAGGUGAACCAACAUCUAUCGUUGGAGUGUACAUGUUACAUCCAAUCAUUAUCCUCUCUUGUUUGUCGCGAACGACGAAAGUGGUGCAAUUUUUACUCGCGAGUCUGGUCGUGUACGGCGCCGUCGAUGUAAAGACGAACAAGCGCUCGCCGACGGUCACCGGCGGCGCGUUGGCGAUGUUGUCGUUGGUGCAUUUACCAUCAGCCGUGACUCUUUUAUCUGGAGUGUUGCUCCAUUUUUGGUCCGUUCGUGAAAAUGAGUUUGGAACGAGUGGGAAGAAACUCGCGGUACACUUUCUGUCGCAGUACGCGUGCGCGUUGGGAACGUUUGUGAACGUCGCGGAUAAAUACCUGGUGCCGAACGAUGAGUUGAAAGAGUGGUUGCGCGUGUCUGUUUUUGAUCGGUACAGAGCAGAAGAGUUACAGCCAAACGUCGGUCUGCACUGGUACGUGUAUUCGUUGAUGUGGGAACGGUUUUUGCCGUGGUAUUGCUUCGCAUUCCAAGGGUGUGGGAUUGUGUGCGCCUUGACGAUUACGGCGAGGUUUGCGCGCAGUCAAAGUCCUUUAUUCAGCGCGUGCGCGGGGUUGCUGUGCGCGACGGCGUUGGCAUCGCACCCGACUUUAGGUGAGUUCGCGUUUACGACGGUGCUGAUAUUAGCACACGGCACUUCAGUUCGCGUGCUCGAACGUUCCGAGGCGAUUAAAAUUGUCGCGGACGGGACGAUGAUCGCGCUCGCCAUUUUCGGUUUAAGUUUUGUCACUUUGCGCGCCUGGUUGAUAACGAGAACGGGGAAUCCAAAUUAUUUCUUUGCCGUUACGCUGAUGUAUGCCGUUGGGCAAGUGUAUGUCACGUACGAGACGCUUACGUUUGCGCUAUCUAAAAAGAAAAAUGGGAAGGCGUCGACGAAAGCGGAAUAA